AUGGGCACCGGCUCCGGCAGCCGAGGCAGCGGCGGAAGGGGCUCGUCGCCUGGCAACGCGGGGCGACCUGCCAGCGGCUCUACGACGCGCCCAGCCGUGACGUCACACGCCGUGGUCUCCGCCGCCGCCGCCGCAGUUCUGCGCGCACAGUGGCGGGCGGCUGGAGCAGCCGGGCCCUGCCCACUGCCAGCAAGUAGCGAGUGCCCGCAGACCGCGGCCGCAUUCCAGCCGCCCACAACUGCCCGGCUCGGCGGUUUCGCCGCGCAAACUCUCACGUUGCCGCCGCCGCCGCCCCCGCCGCCGCCCCCGCCCACGCCACCUCAGCGCAAUCUACCCCACGUCACAGUCUCACCCCGGGGGUCGUGCCGGGCUAACGACACGUGCUUUGGCUAA